UUUUUUUUACUUUUUUUUAAUACGGAACAACUUUUUAUUGUAUAUUACUGAUUUUACUAAUGAAUUUUAUAUUUUAAUCACGUCUCAAAAAUGUCUUGUACUCCUAUCAGCAGCCCAUCUUCCGAACAAAACUUUAUACCUAGGGAAAUUACUACUCCAAACAAAGAUUUUCCUGGUACGUCAAAAACAGUAUUUACACAUAUUUCUAACCUACAUGGUCUUUUAAGUGAUUGGACACGGAUAAGAGAAAAAGGCACUAAGUUCUGUAGAGGAAUUAGUGCUUUAAAAUUAUAUGAAUGCACUGAUGACUACUAUCCUCACCAGUUGAAACCAUUAUCAGAGGGUCUCCUUGAAGCAAUAAAUAGUUUGAAUAAUAUCGUAGAAGGUGUAAUGAUUAUCAGUAAUCAAUUAAAAUCACUAUCAAAAUUGCCUCCCACUGAUCAGCCUGUCAUAUUUACUUGGACUACAAAGGAAAUUUCAGAUAGUGUGGAGAAGAUGUGGACAACUCUGGAAAAAGAAUAUAAAUUGAAACAAGUUAUUGCAGAAAACAUCGCUCACUGCAGGGAUGAGUACCAACUAGAUGUGUACAUUGCCGCGUGGGAACUUGACACAUACUUUGAAUACAACGCUUAUUUGUUUGCAGAAGUUGGACUGGCUGGAGUAACAUAAUAUUUAUUACUGUUAUUUGAGUCUGUAUAUCUGUAGUAUGUAAGAGUAUGAAAUAUAUAAUGUUUAUAUUUA